UUAUUAUGCAAUACUAAAAAGUAAAGUUAUAACACAACGAAAUCAUAUGCAAUCUCGAGCCUUUUUUCCAUAGAAAAUAUAGUUUAAAUAUAUGCAUUCACUAAUACAAUUCAAAAAGCUAAAAGGAAAAGUUGUAGCGUAAAGCCCCACUCGCACAUGAAAACGGGAAAUUCAUCUCAAGGUUAAAUAGAUUGUUGGGGGGAGGUUUAAACAUGCAACCGCACACAACGUGUGUUCGUUUGAAUGCUGGUUACUAUUUAAGCAAAAGCGUUGCUACCGUAACAGCACAGUAGCAAGCUGAGAGUGUUCAAAGAUAGAUUUAAAAAAACAACAAAACCAAAGAAUAUACCCCAAAAAUGAUGAAGAUCACUAUUGCCGCCCUCGCCCUUCUGGCUGUCGCCGUUGCCGCUUACGAGCACGAGGAUUACCAUUCGCAUCCCAGCUACAAGUUCGAGUAUGGAGUGAAGGAUCCCCACACCGGAGACCACAAGAGCCAGUGGGAACAUCGGGACGGGGAUGUCGUCAAGGGAGCCUACACCCUGCACGAGGCCGAUGGAACUGAGCGUGUUGUGGAGUACUCGUCCGACAAGCACAACGGAUUCCAGGCUCAUGUGAAGCGUGUGGGUCAUGCUCAUCACCCGGAAGUCUACGGACACCAUGAGGGUGGACACUCGUACGGUGGACACGGUCAUGGACAUGCCAGCAGCUAUGCCAACGGAAACCUCCAACAGUAUCAUCAUUAGGAAGACUCAAAUGUUACGAGUUCUGAUGG